CUGACUUGAAUGGAAGAUCAUCUUUCUGGCACUACUCUGGGAAAUUAUGGUCGUGGAGUAAAUGCAGACUAGUGUGAAUGGCAGAAAUGAGCCACUCCCUGAAUGUCACACACGGAGGGAGAUCGCCGCCGCAGAAAAAUCCACAGAAAGUGUCCCGAGGGUCGUAGAUCCUGUUAAUGUUCUGGGUAUGUUGUGGACUUCUACCUGAAGACAACCUGCAUGCAGGUGCCAUUGUAUCCACCAGCCAACAGAUACCUUCACCUCCUGCCAGAGUUUGUUUGCUGGAAAAAUUAAGAGAAUUUUUUUACAGCUAUGAGUUGGCUCAAUACAUGGAGUGCUAGAACCUUCUGCUGUCUUGUGUUGCUUGUUAUUAGCUUCACUUCCUUAUAUUUAAGACAUUUAGCGACCCUCAGGCCUGCCAAAAACCUGCCAGUGGCCAUUGAAGGAGAGCAGAGACAGAUCAUCAAUUUAGCCAACGCACUUAAGUUACGACAAUUAACGACCCUCGUCCCUGUGGACAACCCGCCAGUGACCAGUAAAGGAGAACAGAGACAGAGCAUCAAUGUAGAUGACACGCUUAACUUUGGGGCCAGGCCACGGGUUGCUACACGUACGUCUUGGAAUGCUCCCAUCAUCUGGGAGGGGAUGUUCGACUCUAAUCUUUACGACCAGCAGCACAUCGAAAGAAAUUCAACUGUGGCCCUCACUGUGUUUGCUGUGGGAAGGUACUUUGACGCCUACCUCAAGACUUUCCUUACCACAGCAGAACAACACUUUAUGUUGGGUUUACAGGUGACAUAUUACAUUUUCACGGAUCAGCCAGAGAAGGUACCAAAUAUCGACCUUGGUCCUAAGCGGAGCCUGAAGGUGAUGUCGGUGGAAAAGCAGUCCAGGUGGCAGGACAUCUCCAUGAUGCGGAUGAAAACGAUAUCAGAUGCCAUUGAAUCAGAGAUUCGUCACCACUGCAGAUAUGUCUUCUGCUUUGAUGUGGAUCAAGUGUUUAAGGGAAGAUUUGGCUCAGAGGCUCUGGGGGAUUCUGUGGCUUUGCUACAUGCGUGGUUUUACAAACUUCCAAAGAACAGAUUCACCUACGACAGAAACCCCAAAUCCAAAGCCUUCAUGGAAACUGGAGAUUACUACUACCAUGCUGCUGUCUUUGGAGGCUUGUCGGAAAAUGUGAAGAAUUUGGCAGAUUUCUGCUUUCUGGGUAUCAUGGAGGACAAAGGAAACAACGUGGAGGCUCUGUGGCAUGAUGAGAGUCAUCUGAAUAAGUACUUUUGGCUUCACAAACCAAGCAGGCUGCUCUCCCCCGAAUACUGCUGGGACCAGAUUAUUGGUAAGAACACUGACAUACGUGUCCAGCGUCUAAUAUGGGCACCAAAACAAUAUAACAAACUCCGUACGCGGUAGAGUGGCUAAAAGAGCCAAAGUCUGACAAAUACAAGAUUGUUUACUGUAAGCUCUGUAUUGAAUUCUUACCUUUUCAGGGAUUUGUAGAAAUGUGUAUAUAGAAGCACUUGGUGCCUUCUGUUUUGAAUGCUUAUUUCUGAGCAACACCGCUGUUGACCGCCAGCUUGGCAGUUAUUGGAGAGAGAAAACCCAAAUCUGGUGAAAGACAGUGGAACCAGGGUGAAGAAUUGGAUCACUUAAACCUGAUCAGAUUACAUUAAUGGAUUAGGAGCAGCAGCUGCAGAGGCAAGGGAAAGCAAACUGACCAUGGUGUGUGAAGUUUCAAUGGGAAUGCAGCACGCUUCAUUUGACAGUUCAAUUGAUGAAGACAUCUUUGUAAACAUAAGUGUAGCAAAUUUUCUCACAGUCUCUUACAGCACUCGACAGUGCAAGCGUUUCACUCCCAUUUGUGACUUAAAAAAAGGUGUGUGCAAACUGUAAAAAAUAUUUAGGGGCACAUGUGCACAUAAAAAAAUCAGCCGAA